AUGGAAUCUGGAAGAAGGAAUACCCACAAGUACAGCUUCAAGGAUGCUUAUCUAGAAGAACUAAGAAAGCUAGUAACUUUGAUGACUAAUGUUGAAAACACUGGUAAGCGUCAUGGAAGACUUCUUUAUAUUCUAUCUACUAGAGUUGAAGUGGGACUUCUUAAUACUUUAGUUCAGUUCUAUGAUCCAGUUUAUCGAUGUUUUACAUUUCCUGAUUACCAGUUGGUACCCACCUUAGAGGAGUAUGCUCACCUGGUAGGAAUUCAUGUUUCCAAUAAAAUUCGAUUUUGUGGUUUGGAGGAGAUUUCUAAGCUUCAAGUGAUCGCUAGCGCUCUUCAUUUGAAGAAAUCUGAUAUAGAUAAUAAUUUCAUCACCAAAGAAUGCAUCAGGGGGAUUAUUGUUGAGUUCUUGAUAAAGAAGGCUACUUACUUUGCUAGUGCUGGUAGUAUGACUGCUUUUGAGGAUAUUCUGGCUUUACUUAUUUAUGGCAUGGUUCUAUUCCCUAACAUUGACAACUUUGUUGAUGUUAACGUUAUUCGGAUUUUCUUGCUUGGUAACCCUGUUCCAACUCCGUUAGGUGAUAUUUAUCAUUCCAUUCACUUUAGGACUGAUAAACAUAAGGGGACUAUUGUAUGCUGCGCACUUUUGUUGUAUAGGUGGUUUAUUUCUCACCUUCGUCAUACUCCUGCUUUUGGGACAACAAAGGGUGUUUGA